UAUAUUUUUAGGUUCCGUAUGACAUCAAAAUUUUGACAUUGUUUCUGUGACUAAUGUCAGAAAAUGAAAUCUUUAAUUAUUAUUGCAUUGUCUCAAUUUUAAAUGUUUGUUCCUUAAAAACAAAAAUUCAAGUUACAAUUUCCUAACCAUGGCUUGCAAGCUUAACAAUCACUGGUGGAUACUAACUAAAAAACAGUUAGAAGCUAUACAUUUACAAGACGCAGUAUGGCGGGAAGAAGCUGUAGAAAUCAAAAACCGCCAAUUCGCCAACUUCCAGCUUGGCGAAUGGUAUGUAAGAUAUGCCGUCCUAUUGAAAAAAAUGGACGAGAUCCUCGACCAGAUGGUCCAACCACAAAAACGGGUCACCGUGAAAAAACUAGUAGACGCCAUAGCCAUACGGCUGAUGGAUUUCAACGACGCCUUUAGAGAUCUAGAUUUUUCCGAAUUCCACUACGUAGAUGGUAAUAUCGUGGAGCGGAAAAUAAUUCCCCACGAUAUCGAAAUAGUAAACCCACACCUAUUUCAGCGAAGGCCUGACAAUAUAGAAGAUAUGUGGACAAGAAUAAAAAAAGGCGAAAGAAUAUAUCUGACUCCAGAAGAAGUCGAAGCAGAAAAGGAAAGAGUACGAAAAGAAUCCGAAGCAGCAUUAUCUAAAAGAAGAAGACCAAGACCCGGAACGACAGUGGUUAAAUUAGCACCAGAAAUAUUAGCUAAACUAGCGAAAUUUACUCAAGCAGUUACUUUGAUUCAAACAGCUGAACGCGCUAGACAAGAAAGGAUAUUUUAUAAAAUUAAACUAAAGAUUCUAACUGAUAGUAGAAAAGCCAGAGCAUUAGCUAUUGCCAAAGCUUUAGGUCAACUAAAGGACGUUGAAACUCAAACCGAAGAAGAAAUAAUGAUGAUACAAACCGCAGCCGCCAUUAUUAUACAAAGUUAUUGGAGAGGAUUUCGCGCCCGCGCUCAAAGAAAAUACGACGAAGUUCAAAGAAGAAUAGUCAUAGGAAUGUACGAACCAUAUUGGAGGUCGAAAGAGGAAUUUGAAUGUUUAGAAGAUGCUUUAAAAAAAAGACGUAAAUAUAGAGACCAAAGAUUCAAUGAAUACGUAGCCGCUUUAGAAAAAGAAAAAGUAAGAGUUCUCAAGUACGUAGCACCAAAAAUAAUGGAGGAUAUCGGAGACGAAAUUAGAGAAUGGUUUCACGCCUGGUACGAACAAUGCGAUAUGUUCGACGACUUUCCAACAGAAAUGUUAGGAGGAACGUGUUUAGUAGUAAGAGGAGAAACUCUAACACCGCAAGAAUACCUGACUAAAAAAGCCGAAGAAAAAGCCAUGGGUCCAAAAGCUUUGAAGGCUCUAAAAAAAGAAGAAAAAGAAGCCGCUAAAUUAGCAAAAUUCUUAGAAAAACAAAAAAUCAAAGCCGCAGAAAAGGCAAAAAAGAAGAUGGCGAAGCAAAGAAGAGCCGAACAGGCUGCUCUACUACCGCACCAAUAUAAAUAUUAUCAUGAUCCUCCUAAUAACAUCGAGUUAUUUAAUGAGGGUAUACAGGAGCACAAAAUUCUUUGGGACGAACGUAGUGAACUGAAAAAUCCACAAGAAAAGCAUUAUUUGGACAUAAUAACAGCCGAUCUAUGUUACGAAUCUCAAGUAGAAUGCAGGAAAAUUAUAGACCAACUGAUGAGAUUAGAACUGAGUGUGUUACAACAAGCCUAUGCAACAGAUAACGGCAAGAAAUUCAAACCCCCGCCUGUAAAAAAACCUAAAAAAGAAAAAAAGAAGAAAUCUAAAGAUAUGACGGCAGACAAACUUACAGAAGAAUUGUUUCAAGAGCUUGUAGACAACGGAGUAAUUAGAAAUUAUCCGAAAGCAUCUUUGUCCAGUUUCCAUGGAGAUUUUGGAUACCAUAAUUGGGAGUUGACUGAGAACGAUUUAGAAAUCGACCCCACUCUACUAGAUAUCAGGCAAACUAUAGUUAUGAAUAUUAUUCUUCCAAUGGGAGUUACCGUCAUGAAAAGGCCAAAAUCAGUCCUCAUAUCCGGUCCGAAGCAAAUGGGCAAACACCUGUUAGCUAACUCCAUAUUCAACGCCACAAAAUGCAUCGUGUUCGAUUUAUCACCAGAAGUAACAGCCGAGAUUUAUUUGGGAAAAGAAGUUAAAAUGCUUGUGCAUUUGGUUAAGAAGAUGGCCAAAAUUCUGGCUCCUUCUAUCAUAUUUAUCGACAACGCUGAAAAGUUGUUUUGGAAGAAAGUUCCUAAGGAAGAAAAACAGAAUAAUCCAAAGAGACUUGGAAAGUGUCUUAAGGAACUAAUCAGUGGUAUCAAGGAUGAGGAUCGUGUGAUGAUUUUAGGCUUAAGCAGUGCACCUUUUGAAGCUAAAAACGAUAUUAAAAAAAUAUUCGAAAGACAUAUUUUAAUACCUUCUACAGAGCAGAACAGCUUAUAUAAGUAUUGGAGUGAGAUUCUAUUGGGAAACCCUUCUAUAGACAGGAAUAUUGAUAUUACUCUUCUGGCAAGGGUCACCCUGGGAUAUCCAUUGCCAGCUUUGAGAGACGCUCUCAAAGAUUUGCUGCACGUUAGAAGAGUUUUGAAUUUGAAAAACAACCCUCUAACGGCCACAGAAAUUUUCAAAUUUCUAUUAAAUAAUGAUGUUAAAAAGGUGACAGAAAAGGAGUGGGCUGAGUUCAUGAAAUGGUUUAAAGGGUUGCCGUAUUCCAAAAAGAGAGCUAAAUAUCUGAGAUCGGCUAAGGAAGAAAGAGAAGCCAAUUUGUUUUAAACGUAAUGACAAAAAAUUUAAAAAUUGUAAAUAAGUUUUCAACUACUGUUAAUAAAUAGAAUGUGAAAUGUGUACUGAG